GAGCGGCGCGCGGCGUGACAUGCGAGCGCGCCGCUGCCCAGCCCGCCAGUCCGAUGAAGGCAAGCGUGGCCCCGCGCGCGUACCUCACCUACCCUUGGCGCGUACGGGACAUCCACUGCUGGAAUCAAGGGAACCUGACUGGAGAAGUCACCACAAUUCCCGGCAGAAGUCAGGUCAGCCAGGCUCGCGGCCUCUCCAAGAAGAAUGGCAUCAUCGUCAACGAGCGCUUGCCGGUGCUGUCCGGGAAACGUCCACAACAGAACGGAGCCGGCUCAGUGGCCGGUGGACGUGGCCUUCCGGUGAUCCAAGGCCCGAGCCCGCGUGAGUCUUCGUUCACCAGCCGGACCGACGCUCACGGACGACCACUGCCGCUGAGCCCGUCAGACGCCACCCGCUACUACGGCUCGUACAUGUCCGAGUACGAGCUGGCCGAGGUCGAACAGUACGAAGAGGUCUGGUUCCUCGGCCUGGACGCCAAUAAGCUGCCCGGCGACGAAGCGCGCCAGCAGAACGGGGGCUUCGACGACGAACACGGCAGCUACAUCAAGGUGCCGCACGAUCACAUCGCAUACCGGUACGAAAUCCUGGAGGUCAUCGGCCGCGGGAGCUUCGGCCAGGUCAUCCGUGCUCUUGAUCACAAGACGAACACUCAGGUGGCCAUCAAGAUCAUCAGGCAAGCGUGGCCCCGCGCGCGUACCUCACCCUACCCUUGGCGCGUACGGGACAUCCACUGCUGGAAUCAAGGGAACCUGACUGGAGAAGUCACCACAAUUCCCGGCAGAAGUCAGGUCAGCCAGGCUCGCGGCCUCUCCAAGAAGAAUGGCAUCAUCGUCAACGAGCGCUUGCCGGUGCUGUCCGGGAAACGUCCACAACAGAACGGAGCCGGCUCAGUGGCCGGUGGACGUGGCCUUCCGGUGAUCCAAGGCCCGAGCCCGCGUGAGUCUUCGUUCACCAGCCGGACCGACGCUCACGGACGACCACUGCCGCUGAGCCCGUCAGACGCCACCCGCUACUACGGCUCGUACAUGUCCGAGUACGAGCUGGCCGAGGUCGAACAGUACGAAGAGGUCUGGUUCCUCGGCCUGGACGCCAAUAAGCUGCCCGGCGACGAAGCGCGCCAGCAGAACGGGGGCUUCGACGACGAACACGGCAGCUACAUCAAGGUGCCGCACGAUCACAUCGCAUACCGGUACGAAAUCCUGGAGGUCAUCGGCCGCGGGAGCUUCGGCCAGGUCAUCCGUGCUCUUGAUCACAAGACGAACACUCAGGUGGCCAUCAAGAUCAUCAGGAACAAGAAGAGGUUCCACCAACAAGCUCUCAUGGAGGUAAAAAUCCUUGACCACCUCCGCCGUCGAGACAAGGACGGCAGCUACAACAUCAUUCACAUGCUGGACUACUUUUACUUUCGCAACCAUCUGUGCGUGACCUUCCAGCUGAUGGGACUGAACUUGUUUGAGCUGAUCAAGAAGAACAACUACCAGGGCGUCUCGAUGUCGCUCAUCCGCAAGUUCGCCUCGUCCAUGAUCCAGUGCCUGAGACUGCUGUACAAGGAGGGCAUCAUUCACUGCGAUCUCAAACCAGAAAACGUCCUUCUCAAGUCACGCAGCUCGUCCAGCAUCAAGAUCAUUGACUUCGGCAGCUCGUGCUACACCCACCAGCGGGUGUACACGUACAUCCAAUCGCGCUUCUACCGCUCACCCGAGGUCAUCUUGGGCCUGCAGUACGGCACGGCCAUCGACAUGUGGAGCUUGGGCUGCAUCCUGGCCGAGCUGCACACCGGCUUUCCACUGUUCCCGGGCGAGAACGAGGUGGAGCAGCUGGCCUGCAUCAUGGAGGUGCUGGAUCUGCCGUCCGAGGAGCUCACCAUGCACGCCUCACGAAGGCGGCUCUUCUUCGACUCGCGGGGUAACCCCCGCACCAUCACCAACACGAAGGGUCGGCGGCGGCGGCCGGCGAGCCGUCCGCUGGCGGCGGCACUCAAGACCACCGACCCCGUGUUCGUCGACUUCAUAGAGAAAUGCCUCACCUGGGACCCGGCACGGCGCCUGACGCCGGAGGAGGCCGUGCGGCACCCGUUCCUCAGCGGCCGUGUCGGCGCGCUACCGCAGCCGCCGGCGCCGACCGUGACCGCCGCCGAUGAGGCCGCGUUCAGCAUCUACAAGAUCUACCGCGGCCGCAAGCCAGCGCGAGAGCUGGCGUCGGCCUCGGCCGUGGAG